UUACCAGUGAAGCUCCAAAGGGUUGCCACGUUGCACGCGAAGUUCUUGAAGUUAACACCUUAAAACCGCAAAGUUCUUGAUUAGAUAAUUACCACCUUUAAGCCGCAGUACUUCUAAUCCGCGAAAAUGUCUUCUGUCCGCACAAUGAGCGAUUAUUACAAGAAGAUCGAGUCGGCGGGGGACAAACUAGUCGUCUUGGAUUUCUACGCCGAUUGGUGCGGUCCCUGCAAGCAAAUCGAAAGCACCGUCAAGUCACUGGCCAGGAAGUACUCGUCCAAGGCUGUCGUAAUCAAGGUCAACGUGGACAAGUUCGAAGGGCUGUCGGAACGCUACAAUGUCCGCAGCAUGCCCACGUUCGUCUUCCUUAAGAGCAACCACCGCGUGGGCUCGUUUUCCGGUGCCGAUGAGGACAAGCUCGCCAACAUGAUGUCCAAGUUGGUGAAGUAGUAAGCGGACAACCCUAUCAUUAGUAUUUCGGAGCAGGCUCUCACCUAGAUUCAAACCAUAAUUGUACUUGUCUUAACUUAUGUUUUAUGUGAUGUAUAGCUUGUAAGCGAUGUGUGAGUGGGAGAUCCGCGUGUGGAUAAUUUUAAUAAAAUUCAAUAACUUAACGUAACCUAACCUCAAUCUUGAUAUAUGUAUGUCUUUAGUGCGUGAAGGCGUGUCUGCGACACAACCUCGUAAGUCCUAUGCUUGUAAUCUUGUUUAGGGUCAACUCGAAACGCCAUCAAAAUUUUUAAAACGAUUUGUGAGUGAGAGAUGCGCUAUCAUUCUGAACACCUUUCAAAAGCAAAAAUUUAACCUGACCUAACUUUAAUUUUGAUAUAUGUAUAUCUUUAAUUAAGCUUAAGCACCUAGCAAUUCGAUCAAUAAACUGUAACCACUCAACCUUAA